UCUCUCUCUCUCUCUCUCUCUCUCUCUCUCUCUCUUGUGAUAUACUGAACAUUGAUGAUGGCUACUUUUUUAUCAUUACACAUCUUCCUUCAUAACAUUACCACAAUACCAGUUUUUUGAUGGUGCCCUGUGCCUCUUCUGUGAAGCCAUCUAGGUGGUGAAACUGCGGAUAAAGAAGUUUAGUCAAUGCAAUGCUGCUUUUCCUUUGUGGCCAGAAUUGUUUUCAUAGGGCUUAUCAGCCUUCCAGAGAAGACUAGUUAAAUUUGAAAUAUGUAUGUCUUUUACUUAAUUGGACUCCAAACCACCUUAGGAUAAUUUUGGCAAAAACAAAUUACAUUCUGACCUUGGAAAAAUUUAUAGACGAAAAGGAACUGUACUUUUGAUGUGUAAAAUUACGGAGGAAAUUUUUGGUCAAACAGGACAUAAAUAAUUGCUUCCUAAAUUAUAUUUUCAAAUCUUCACCACCAAGUAUCUUUCACUUGAUAACUAUAUCUCUUAACUGAUACAGGAUAUUUUGGAAGCUUUGUUCCAAAAAUUGUCAUCAAUAUGUUGGUUAUAUGUAUGCAUUGAAAUUUCAUGCCUCUUGUAGCACAUAUUCAAAGCAUUUGAACUCCUUAGGUAGAUGCGCCACAAUCCCAAACCAACAUAUCUCUAUGCUUUCUCUUUUGUGGCUCCAAGCACUAGGGCAUCAUAAAAGAAAAGCUGACAGAUAAAAAGGAAGCAAGAAAGGUAAAAAGAAGGAAGGAAAAGAAUUGGGCCUUCUUUUUCCUUCCAAAUGUUGUAGUCUUGUUUGAGAAUUCCUCUUUAGAUCAUAGUUAGCUCUCAUCAAUUUAACGUGUGUUUUUGUAUAUGUGAUGGAUAUUGACAAAGAAGAGUAAUGCCUGCCACCCCCUCAGGAAUAAUAACACUACCGAUCACAUUUCUUGAACUACCAGCAAUUGACUUUCCUUUAUGUUUUUUAGUACAAGUUUGGUGCUCAUUUUCUUGAAUUAACGACUAAUAUGUUCCAUGCUUCAGAAGGCACACCUCAAAUCAGUUACUACUAUCCAGGGUGGUGCCUUUAGUCCUACUUUUUUGUUUUCUUUUUUCAAAAUGCCAUUAAUUCUUAUCAAAUUUCUACUAAAACAACUAAGUCCUAUCUUUCUUCAUCUAUUCCAAAAAGGUUCAAGACUUCAUUAAAUGUAUAAAAUAUACCAAUUUUACCCUUUCUCAUGAAAAUAUGAGUUACACUUUUAUCAAAUUUCAUAACAACUUGUAGUUAAUUUAAAAAUCAUUUAUUUUUUAUAUCUUUAAGUAGGCAGAAUAUCCGACUCCUUUCAUGUCAAAAUUAUUAUUAUUAAAUUUUUUUUUGAAAAAUCAAUUGAAUGUAGAUAUAUUCAUUACAAAAUAAUCAAAUAAAAUGUGAGAAUUUGAUUUAUGAAAUUAUAGACCAGGCACACCAUUAGUUCUAGCAAAAUGUAAUAAUAACCUUUAGUUCUAGAAGAACUUAUCAAUCCAAACACUAAAAAUAUAUUCCAUGGGGACAUCAAACCUCAUAUCUUUUAGUAUGUUCACAUGUCAAUCGCUUGAUAUUGUGCGUAUUUUGAUAACUGAUGAAUAAUAUUAUAAUUCUCCCAUUUGACUAAACUAAUGUCACUUGCAGCACUUAAAAUUCGCUACUGUAUUAGAAUUGAUUUAUAGCCAUAGAUUUUGUUUGAUUAAUUUUUAGCUAUUGAUUAUCAGUAUGAUAUAAUAUUACAAAAUAACAAACUAAUAAAACAAAAAUUUUUACACGUCAUGUUUUUGUUUGAUGAAAAGUGGAGGUAUUGUACCAAAAAGUUAUUUUUUGAUAUUAUAGUUCGACAUCAUAUAUAUUUAUAUAUAUAUAUAUAUAUACACAUACAUACAUAUCUAAGAUUAGUGAAGUGGACAGUGGUGCAAUGAAGAAAAAAAUUCCACCCCUUGAAGGUCUUUUUUCGUGGUUAGUCACUUGACAGAGGACAAUGCGUUUUUGUAAGUAAUGCUUAAAAGGGUAAAAAAGGAUAAUAAUGAAAUUUAGGACUUUUUUGGAACAACCUAUAAAGUAGGACUUUUUUGAAAUCUGUCUGCCUGACAAUGUAUAAACUUGGUAGGACUCAAUUGUUUUAUGGAAGGUAAAGUAGGACUAAUUGGUGUUUUUCUCUUCUUUCUUUCAAUUUCAUAUAUUACAUAUUGGAACCACAAGAAAGGUCAUCAGGCUGAGCAGUUAUACAUUGUCAGGCAUAUAGAUUUCUACUGUUAUGCACUGUUACCAAAUCACCUCUCGCCAUAUUGACUUGCAUUAGCCUAUUGGUUAUAUGACAUGCACAUUUUUAGAAUGUUUUCAGUGCAAUUUCCUCUGGCUUUUUCAAAGCAGUGUUUGAAGCCUUUCAGCUAUAAUUGGGUGAAUACAUGAAUCAAUAAAGCAGUACGCUAUAGAAAUAUACAAUAUCUAAGAAAACUUACCCCAGGAAGAGGAGCAGGAUUUUGAUAAUCUGCUAUCUAAUUCUCUACAGUUAUUAAAUGCAUAAGACCACUCAGCUAUCAAGUUAAAGAUUUGACCCAUUAAAUAUCACAGAAGCUUUGAGGCUUUCUGAAAAGAUCUGCCUUUUGCUUCCACAUAUGCCCAAGUGUAUUUUUGGCUUACUUUAUGAAAAUCCAAGACGGUUGAACAUGCCUCUCACAUUUUCUUCUCUUGUUCUUAUACAGAUUCGCCUUAUCAAGGAGUUGUAUGGGAAUCAAAUUGGGGAACUGUAUCAUAGUCUUCCAUAUCAUAUGAUUGAAUUUGUCCUUGAUUUUGAUUGCAAGGUAACAGUCAGUCUUAGAUAUGCAGAUCUCAUGUCUAUACUUCCGACUCAAGUGAGUGUCUUGGCAUGGCAUCUCCACCAAUCCAAUAAAUCUUCUGCAAGUGCAACUACAAUGAACAGGAAGGGAAAUGGAGCAUUAGGAAGUCACCCUAUUCCAGCACGUCUAUCUUAUGCAGAGGAUGCAUUGCGAACUAUGAGUUUACCUGAAGGCAUUUUGGAUCUUGGACAGUUUUUCGUGGGAGCGUAUGCCGAGAUUGUAUUGAACUUGCCCCAAGCUCUUCAACAAAUAAAUCCGGAGAGGGAUGCUGCUUAG